UUCCUAAAGUAAGGGAUUAUUGGAGCACACAUUUAGGUUUUGCCCCUAUAUACAAUGCUCUAAGUCAAAAACGCUCUGAAGCAAUUCGGGCAGUCUUACAUUUCAACAAUAAUGAAGAUAUGUUACCAAGAGCUUACCCUAAUUAUGAUCGACUUUUUAAACUGAGACCGCUUGUCAGUUAUUUGAAUAAUCAAUUUGGUAAAAUACCCUAUUCAAGGGACCUAUCGUUAGAUGAACAAAUGUGUUCAACUAAAGCAAGAAAUAUUUUAAAACAGCACAUGCCCAACAAACCCCAUAAGUGGGGUUACAAACUGUUUGUAAUAUGUGAUUAUAAAGGGUACUCAUAUAAUCUAGAAGUGUAUACAGGGCAGGAAAAUUAUCCCAAAUUUAAUGAUAUUGAUAUUGGUGCUAGUGUGCCAUUAAUGGAACAUCUUUAUGAUAGAGGUAUAUUAGGUCUGGGUACUGUUCGGCGAAAUAGAGUUCUGUACGUAACAGUUCCCAAUAAUCAACUUCCAGAUGAAAAACAAAUUAAGAAAGAAAAGCGUGGAUUUAUUGCAGAGAGAAUUGGUUCAUAUAAGUCAACACCAUUAUCCAUAACAACCUGGAAGGAUAAUAAAAUUGUAACUUUGUUAUCUACAUAUGCUGGUGCUGAACCCAAAAGUAUGUUGAAACGUUUCGAUCGACGAAUUAAAUCGAGAGUAGAUGUGGAUUGUCCUUUUGUUGUAAAAGAAUACAAUCAUUUUAUGGGAGGAGUUGACUUGUUAGAUGGCUUGAUAGGCAGAUACAAAAUUAAGCUUCGAUCAAGAAAAUGGUAUAUUCGGUUAUGGUACCAUUUUAUUGAUGUUUCCAUAGUAAAUUCAUGGCUUUUGUACAAAAGGUGUCAACAUGAAAACAAUGAGCUGGUGAACUACACAUUAGCUAACUGGAGAGCAGAAAUUGGUUCUACACUUACAAGUAGUGGAGUUUGUACACCAACAAGAGGUAGGCGAUCAAAUUCUUUGGAAGCUCUUAUGAAAAGG